AUGAGGCGGCGCGUGGCGUGGUGCUGGACGCUGAUGCUGCUCGCCGCCGCCUUCUGCGACGUGGCCGCCGGCAAGGGUGGGCGCGGGGGCGCCCGGGGGUCCGCACGGGGCAGGGCGCGGGGGGCUGCCCGCAGCCGGCCGAGGGCCCUGCCCCGCUACGGUGGGGCCCUGCGCGUUGCGGCAGCGGCGGCGGCUGGCGGGGCGGCGGCGGGGGCCGCGCUGCAGCGAGCCCGGCUGGCCGGCGGGCCUGACGACGGCAUCGAGUACCGCGAGGGCAACGGGACGGCCGGCGCGUGGACCUCGGUGGCCCCAGGCUGGGCGGCGUGGGGCCAGGUCGCCUCCUGGCUCUGCCCGCUCGCUGCCCUCCUGCACCGCUUGGUGGCCUGA